UCCGUGAACUGUCUCUAAUCUACAGUUGUAGCAGUUCAUAAUUUAUUUCCCCUCCAGCUGUCAGGGAGCAGAUACACCGAGGAGGUACUCUUACACACAGGAAGGUUAGAUUGAGCAGAACAGACAAUGUCAGAGAGUGGCCGACCCAUCAGGACACUUCCUAAACCUCCUGUGGUGAUCUUAGUAUGUAUACAGCUAUUUAUGACCGGCAUGGCCUUUGCUCAGCUAGUAAUAGGAGCAAUGUACCAAUUCGACUGCCCCAGGCAGCGCUACAUCCCCGUCUACCUGUUAGUAAUGGGAGUUAUAACCCUGCUGCUGGUGGCCCUCAACCUCCUGCCCUGCACUGCCGCCGGCUUCGGGAAUAACAGCGAGCUCUGGAGCGCCCUUGUCUCUCUCUUCUUCGUCUGCUGGUUCAUCGCUGGUAAUGUGUGGAUUUACUCCAUCUAUGAGCAUGAUUACAACAAGAUGACGGAGGAUGUUGGUGGAUACUGCAACAAGACUCUCUACCUGUUCGCCUUCUGGACCAUUAAUGUGCAUUACAUCCUGUUGGGUCUCCUCAUUCUCUCUACCUGUUACUCAUACUUUCUGUAUGGUGGGAAUUUUAAAAAAACGACAACUGAACAAACAUUUAGAGUGGUUGGAUUUAAUGACCAAACAUAAUAAUAUUCAUCUUUUUUUCAUCUCGGGUCUGAUGGAUAUUUUGUAUAAAAAGAACGAUCCAAGAAACAACAUCUAAUGGUUUGUGGUUAUGCAUUUUGGUCACAGAAAUAGUUACUCCUUUUGAAACAGUAUUUUAUUUAACAAAUAAAUGAAUAAAGAAUUUUUUCUUUAUGUAUAAAGUUACAAAGUAUCUGAAAAAAAAAAUACUUACAAUUAAGGAAAUAUUUUAUGUUUAAGUUGAAUAUUUUCAAAAAAUUAAUAAAACAUGCCAAACUUCCCAUUGUA